GGAGCAACGUACACAAAUUCUCUACCAACUUCGCUAGAGCCCCGAGCUAGUUUAGACCACCUCCGCCAGUAUCUUCUUUUUCACUAGAACUGUGCCAUGGCCUCUAACAUUAGCUCGACUAGUAUGGCCAUCCUGGCUCUUGCACUUGCCCUCUUUGUGCAAGGCACUCUAGGAGGAAUAAUAUGUGAGCAUCUAGACCAGGACACAUGUGCGUUCGCAGUGUCAUCCUCCGGCAAGCGCUGCGUGCUUGAGAAGCACGUGAAAAGGAGCGGAGAGGAAGCAUACACAUGCCGUACAUCAGAAAUUGAGGUCGACAAACUGAAGGAAUGGAUCGAGACUGACCAAUGCAUCAAAGCAUGUGGGCUCGAUCGGAAAACACUGGGAAUCUCAUCAGACUCUCUCCUAGAGUCUCGUUUCACCGAAAAGCUUUGCUCACCUCAGUGCUACGAGAGCUGCCCCAACGUUGCUGAUCUAUACUUCAAUCUUGCUGCUGGUGAAGGUGUGUUUCUUCCCAAAUUAUGUGAAGCACAAACAAAUCCAAGGCGAGGGAUGUCUGAGAUUCGUAGCUCUGGUUUUGUUGCACCGGGACCCGUGGAGGCUGCGAAAUUCACCGUUGCAUCAAUAGUUGCCCCAGCACUGGCACCAUACUAGAAGAGAUCGAUUACAUAUAAUAUAUAUACAAAGGCUUGGUAUUUAUGUUACGUUACAAUAAUGAUCAAGUCACACCGAGGCAGGGAUAUAUAUAUAUAUAUAUAUAUAGUAGCCGUACAUUGAAGUGCACUGCCAUCUGUUGGUGUGUGCAUUCAAAUUACGUGUCUUGGCUGUGUUCUUCAAAUCAAUAAAACAGAGCUGCGUGUCUCAUGUAUACUCGUAGUCUCUGUAGGUGUAGAUUAGCACGUAGAAGGUUGCAUGGUAUCAUACUCAUGCGUCUGUGUGUGAUGUAUUAGCUAUGAAUUUACCCUGUUUUUCUUUUCCUUCUUU